AUGGAUUUGAAUUGCCAACUUUUGCUAUAUUUGGAUAAAAAGCAUAUCUUAUCAAACAUGAAAAGUGCAUGCCUACAACACAUAGACGAUUCCAAUAACAAUACAGUUGCAAAAUUUCGACCAUGCAGAUUUUUACUAGAGCUCGAUGUAAUGGAUUUGUUGGAAUUUUCGCCUACCGUUGGGCAUCUUUUACUGCGAGAGCCGAUGAAAUGGCAGAGGAUAUGUAACGAGAUUCUGUAUGCUUGUCUUCAAUCUAUAGACGAAUAUAAAAAUGAACCUGCGGAUCCCGCUCAAGCGGUUGUUAAUUUGCGACCGACAUGCGUACCACAUGUUGUUGUUGCUCGCAAUCAACGACAUUACGACGGCUUAAAAUCUUAUUACGGCAUAUUACUGGCAGUUUCAAAACCUACUAGCUACGUGUUUCAUACGGUGUGGUCAUGCCCCGAGGAGUGCGAAGGUAAUGAAGUUAUUUUACAUUCUAUACCUAAAGUUCCUCCGAAAUGCAGCGUUUGCAAAUGUGUGCUCUUCGAGAACAGUGGCUUGAGGCAAUGCGGGGAACAGGUCAAUGCGACAUUCAAAUUAAGGAAUAAUAUGUUUCUGAAGCAUUUUCGGAUCAUCGACGAUUUAAUACCAAAAUUGAAGCUCGGCAAAAAAUACAACAUAUUGGCAAUUUCUGCUAAGAAAACUAUUAUGGUAUGGUCUUUGGAAGAAGUUAUGCCUUUGGUUGCACCUAUCACUGCUCCAAUACCUACGGAUAUCGAUGAUCUGUACAAAGCAUGUAAGGGCAUAUCGUGGCAGUUCAUUUAUUGCCUGGCAUCCAGCAUCGGAGUCAACGUUUGUCCUUUGCAUUGUUUUAUGCACAUCAAGAUCAACUUGCUUUUGAGUUUAAUAAGCAUUAAAGCCAACGCAAUGACUGGUUCGACCAUCAUUCACGUCCUUGUAACUGGCUACGAUACUGGAUACGUAGCACGACUCAUGGAAGAAGGGGCGAAAUUGGCCGAUAGCUCCGUAUUCCUGGGAACGUCAAACACAACGGUGUCCGUCGCGCUUAUUGGAAGUUCUGGAGGUGUCUGUGCAAUGCCUUUGCCAUUUCACGUUUACAACCAGAAACAGACUUCUUUCGUUUUGUCGUCAAUUGAAACUGGGGAAAUUUCUAGCGACAUAGGAAACACUAAACUUCAGUGCGCUGUUUGGGCGCAGGGGAUGGAUUUUAAGAAGAUGAUUAUAUUGAAUGUAGCCAGUGUAUUCGGCACUAUUUGCCGAGGAGACUACGGAGAACAUACAGAUGAAAUCGUUGACUUUAUUCUACUAAAUGCAGUUGAACCCCCGAAAACUACCAAAGAAGAAAUUCACGCACUAAAGGAUAUUAAAGAUUACAUAGAUUUGAUAUCAGGCACAGGUGUUUCCUUAGAUGUGAAAUCGGAGUCGUUGCUGAGGAAUUACUACCUGGCUGCUCGCAGGGAGAAACCUAAGGCAGUCACUAUGGGCAGUAUAGGAUCGCUGGUAGCGACUUGUCUUACUUCAGCUAGACUUUGCCGGCGAACAAGUACAAACACGGACGACGCAGUGUUCGCGAUUUGGCUUCACGUUUGCGGGAGUCCAGAACCAAGAUUUGCUCCGGAAGAAUACCUUCAAACUCCAGCUAAUAUGAAGAAAUUGCACAAGAUGAUGAAUAACUUCCAAAACUGGUUGGAACAAUUCACCGGAAAUGUCAUUAAUGAAUCAGACAAUACCUCUGAUUAAUAUCUGUAUAUUUGAUAAGCAAUCUAAUUAAUAGUUUGUUUGUAAAAUACAAGUCAAGUAAA